ACGGAGCCUCACUUCCGGUCCUUCCCCCACAGAGCGAUGGCCGCCCACCUGCGGCUGCGAGGGACCCUGGCCCUGGUGACAGGUCCCUUCUCCUGGGGGGGGGAGGCAGGCAGGAGUUCAACAGGGGCAGCGGGAGGGGGGUCUUUGGGGAUGGGGUCUGCCAAUGGGGAAAGGCAGCGUAUUUCAGCCAUCAGUUCAACAGGUCGAGCUCAUGCCUUGGCUGCCUUUCUCUCCGCCCCCUCCAUCUACCCACAACAACCUGCCAGGAGUGACCUGCUCCCACGGUCCAGCUUCCAGGCCCCAGCCCCACAAGCACGGUUGAUGAGGGAGAGCAAAGGGGGUGGCUCUACCUGUUGGAUUUCCGCCCCUCGGGUCCUCCCAGGAGCCCUGAACUUUCAGCCGUCAGCUCAAGCCGUUUGGCGGUGACAAGCCCUGAAUGUAACUUUUUUAUUUAAAAGAACUGCACCCGUUCCAUUUCCGCCUGACGUGGAGCAGUUAAAGGCAGAGGGGCUGCUGGGGAAGAAGCCCGUCCGGGGAGGGUGACGCAGGCUCCUCUUCCUUCUUCCUCAGGGGGCGGCAGCGGCAUCGGCCGUGCCAUCUGCGCCCGCUUUGCCCGCGAAGGGGCCCAAGUGGCCAUAGCGGACUGCGAUGAGGCCGGUGCAGCCCAGACGCUUCAGGGGCUCCAGGCGGGCGACCACCAGGCCCUGCGCGUCGACGUGGGGUGCGCCAAGAGCGUGGCCGACCUCGUGGCCCAGAUCCAGGUGGGCAUCCGCGGGGGGGGUGGACUAGAUGAGCCCUGGGGGUCCCUGCUCUGCAGUCCCCUGGCUCUAACUCUGCCAAGCCUUGCCCUGAGUCAGCAUUCGUCCUCGGCACCCUGUGCGUUUAUUGGCUGCCUUCGUAUCCUGCCUUCAUUCUCCUCCGCUCCCGUUCCCUCCUCACCAGAGCCCUGUUAGGUAGGCCAGCCUAAGGUCCUUCAGGGAGCUUACCAUGGAAUUGCAGGGUCAGGAGGGACCCCGGGGGGUCAUCCAUCCCAACCCCCUCUGUUGCGAUGUUGAGGCCCGAAUCCUUUUUACCUCCUGGGGUCGCGGCGGAGGUUUUGGUGCUGAUUUCCUCCCUCUGGCCUCCAGGCCCGCUUCUCCCGCCCGGCCAACGUCUGCGUCAACUGCGCCGGCAUCACCAUGGACGAGUUCCUGCUGAAGCAGACGGAGGAGGCCUUUGAUGCCGUCCUCAGGGUCAACCUCAAGGUACUUGGCCGGCAAGGGAGGCGUCCCCGGGAGGCCCCUCCCUUGGUUUCCAGGCCCUUGAUCGCCUUGCUUAUAGGCUCAUAAAGGAACCCAGUGGUCAUCCAUCCCAACCCCGUCCUGCUCAGUCUCUUCCUUCUCUGCAGGGGACCUUCCUGGUGACGCAGGCCGUGGCGAAGGCGCUGGUGGCAAGCGGGGCUUCGGGGGGCUCCAUCAUCAACCUGGGGAGCAUCGUGGGCAAGGUGCAGUGACCCCCCCCUCCUAAUGACCUCCUUGCCCUCUGCCUCCCACUGCCAUUAAUUCAAUGCAAAAUCCAUUUCCCAACUCCUGUACGCUGCAAGUGUCUGGCCUGAUGGGGACCUGCCUAAGCUAGGUGGCUUUCAGGCAAAAUUUCUACGAUCUCUGCUGCGAGUACCCAGCUGUGUCCCCAACUCCAUACUUCUGUGGGAAGCUGGCGAAUGCCCAAUUUCAACUUCCCUGAAACAUUGGCUCAGGAUUCCAGUGUUUGAUCUAGGGAAGGGUUUGUACCAACACCUGACCAAUGAGGAGUUUGUCAGCAAAUGGCAGAAAACCAUGGAUAGAAAAGCCCCUUCUAUUGGUCUGUCUCCCCCCCAACUGUAUGAAGGCGCCCAAAAGAUGUUAAAGCAAAGAUUAUGGGAUAAUGCACACAGUGACUUGCGAUCUCGAUCACACGCAGCCUGUAGUCCUCUGGCAGUAGGAGUACAAUAUGGGUAUGUCUUUAAGUUAACACCUUACAUUAAAAACCUGACAGUACCAAACUAUCGAAGGCUUUUCACCAAAGCCAGACUAAACGUCUUUCCUUCUGCAGUGCUGGAUGGUAGGUUGAGAGGAGUUCCCUACCAGGACAGACUUUGCUCGUGUGCUCAAGACAUCGAUUCCAUAAAACAUAUUUUGCUGCACUGUGCGAAAUAUGAGCAAGCCAGGGCUGAACUGAUAUUACCUUUGCUGGUACCUUUCCCGGGAAAAUCAGAGGCUCACUAUGUCAGGUUCCUAUUGGAAGACCGGACAAAUGCUAGAACAUUAGCAGUGGCGAAGUUUUUAUCAGUGGUUGCAAGAACCAAUGAUCCCUAUAUUCUGAACAAAAUGCUUGUUUAACCUGGAGGUAGGCUGUCUGAACUGUGCAUUGCUUUGUAAUGAUUUGUUGGGUCUCUGGACCGUAAUAAAGAUUGAUUGAUUGAUUGAUUGAUUGAUUGAUUGAUAAUUCAGUCCCUGUGCCUCCCCCCUUCUUCUCUUCUUCCUGCUCAGGUGGGGAAUCUGGGACAGGUGAACUAUUCAGCCUCCAAGGCUGGGGUAGAGGCCCUCUCCAAGACGGCAGCAAAGGAGCUGGCCAGGUAAGGCAGGCUGGGGGGCAGAGGAAGAGCUGGGGGGAGGGAAGGAGCCCCCAUCCGCCUGCCCUCCUUCCCUGGGCAGCCGUCCUCUGGGGGUUCCUGCGUUGCAGGAAUGGGCAGCCCCUCCUCAUUCCACCCCCACGACGACCCUGCGAGAUCGUCUGCGCCGAAUAGUCCGCAGCCAGCGAGCGUUGAGGAUUUGAACCCUGCCCUGUCCCGGGUCUAACCACUAGGCGGUGCUUCCUCUGCUUGUCGCUCUGCAGGUACGGGAUCCGCUGCAACACGGUUCUGCCAGGGUUCAUCCGCUCCCCCAUGACAGACAAGGUCCCCCAGAAAGUGCUGGACAAGGUGGGUGUUUUGGGGGGGCUGAGGUCAGGCCCCACCCCGGCUGGCACCCGCCCCGAUCCCUCCCUGACCCCUGUCCCUUCUUCUCCCCAGUUUGCCGCCAUGGUGCCACUGGGACGCCUCGGGGAGCCCGAAGGUCAGGUGACACAGUCCAGCAGUAGAUUUGCGCUUCCUUUGAAGGGAGGGGAGGGUGCCUCUGAGCGCCUGCAGAGCGCCCUCCCUCCUCCCGCUGGGCGGGGAGUGCCCAGACGUCAUAGAACGCAGGAAUCGUGUUGUUGGAAGGGACCCCAACCGAAAAAUGCGAAAAAUAUCUGGGGGGUUUUAGCGAUGCCUCUCAGCUGCUGCCUGUCAGGGAUUUCUUACUGUGUUUUUAUGUUGUGAACCACAUGAAGGGCAGUACAGGAUGCAAGUUUAAUUAAUAAUAAUAAUAUUUUUCCCCUUGAGCUAUGGCCCUGCCCCCUAAUGUGGGGAAUAAUAAUAAUAAGAAGAAGAAGAAGAGGUUUUCUUUUCUUUUUAAAUUUUUUUUUACCAACACAACACAAAACACAAACAGUGGAAACCCCUCGGGCAGCUGAUAUAUUGGGUAUACAUAAUCAAUAAUAACAUAUUCAAAUCAACCAUAUGUACAAUUCUAUAUACCUUGACACUCCUCCCUCCACAAGGUUUAUUUAACUUUUAACAUUUUAAUUGCCCCAAAUUGCUCAGACCUACCCAAAUAAUUCAAUACCUUCUCAAACCAAUCCUCCUCUUUCUCACUGACCUUAAGCCCUUUCGUUUUAUGUAUCUUCACAGUUAGAUACUGUAUUCUAAAAUUACAAUAUUAUUCAGUUUUUUCCUCCAUUGGUUCACCCCUUCCUCUUCUGCAUUUUUCCAAUUACUCACUAUAACCUGUCUGGCUGCAGUUGCCAUCAAUUUUACCCAUCUGCAUUCCUCUUUUGUUUCUAACUCGGUGCUACUCGGGAUAAUAAGAGCCAUUAAUUUAGAUAUUUCCUCCUUCCUACACACAAUUCCCAAUAUUUCUAUACCAAUAAUAUAGCCUAAGGGAGUUUGGGGGAGGAAUGUAGCUUUGCCGCAAUUCCUACCUUGCAGGGGGUUGGGCUGGAUGACCUCAGGGGGACCCUUUCCAGCUGUACAAUGCUGUAGAGAUUGUACAGGAAAUAAUAAUAAUAAUGCUAUGAGAAGGUCCCUGGCUCCGGCCUCACCAGCAGCUGGGGAAAGACCCGUCGUUGCUUCCGGCCAGUGCCGACAAGACUGGCUUCACUGGCCUAAAUCUCUGAGGCUGCGGAAGAGAAAGGGGCAGGUUUCUUUACCUGGGAGGGGGCUGGCGGCGUCUGGGGGGCUGCAGGCGUUGGGGGGAGGGGGCUUCACUGUCUCCUCCAUCUCCCGCCAGAUGUUGCCGAGGUUUGUGCUUUCCUGGCCUCCGACGACAGCCGCUACAUCACCGGCGCCAGCCUGGAGGUGACCGGUAAGUGGGGUGAAGGGGGGUUGAUUUGGGGACCCUUUGGGGUGGGGGGCUCCCCUUGGAUGCCGGCGCUGGUGGUGGGGAGCAGUGAGAAGGGACCCCAAAAGGUCUCCCGUAUUUGUGAUAACUUGGAUCUUUCCACGUGGACUUCGGAACUCCCUGCCACUUGAAAGGCCAGGCGCCUUCGCCGCACUCCUUCCAGCGCCCGCAGAAAACAUUUCCAUUUUAGACAACCCUACCCACCCAAAGGAAAAAACACAGAAUGUUUGUUCUUUAAAGAGUUUGCAUAGCUGUUUCCCACCCUGUAUAAAUUUCAUGAGAUAAAUUCUCCCGUCAGACAUGUAGAAUAGCUGGUGCAUGUUUGGAUGUCCCUUUGUAGCUCAUGGUUUUUAUCAUCUGAACGUUUUUGCAGAGAGUUUGAUUGUUUUAUCCCCUCUGCGAAUGCGUGUAAAGGUUAUGGAACAAAAUUAAGUGAAAUAUUAUUAUUAUAUUUUAUUUUAUUUUUUAAUACCCUGCUUAUCUGAAUGGGUUACCCUGGGCAGCUUCCAACCAUCUCCACAGGGUCAGCCGCUGACCCCUUUUCUUUCUCUUCCUCCAGGGGGUCUUUUCAUCUGAUUCCUUUUCCUGCCUCUGGAGAAACCCGCCCCCCACCCACAAGGAAACCACACUCCCUGAUGCCCCCCCAUUUUCAAAGGAAGGACUUGGGGGGCAGGUUCCUCCUUCACUGCGGAGACGGCCCUGUCUUGGAGAAGCUCCCAGCUAACAUCUUUGAAUGCAAGAUUUGGGGAGGGGGCUUAGAGGCAGGGGGACCUCCCCCCAGAAGAGAGGGGGGGUCUUUUGCACAAGGAGCGAGGCUAAGAUCUCGCCAGACGGAGACCCCAGACUUCCACUCCAAGGAUUUCUGUGCCUUGUUUUGGGAUAUAUAUAUCGCUCAGUUAAAUCAACGGCUUCUACAAAUGCUCAGGCGAUCAAAGUACCUCUCUGAGAAACGCUUUAAUGCUGUGAGCCACCUUGAAAUAGGGAAAAUUAAGGGAAAUGCAGAAAUUGUUGCUUGAGGACUGCGGGAAGAGACACUUUAUCACCCUGAACAAACACCGGCAGGGUUACAUAGCCUCAAAUAUAUGUGAAUGGGAACAAGAUAUAUAAGAGUCGUUUUACAAUCGACUCUCUCCCAUGUAUUCUGCCAAGUUGUCCCCCCACCCACCCAGGAAAUAUCCCUGGGGGUGACUCUUCUUGCAGCAGAUAUGAUCUUACAUCCACGAAAACGUCUUCCAUAAUAUGAUGGUCUGAUUCUGUGACAAUAAAUAUGCUGAGUCUGCUCAGUUUUCUUAUACAUUUAUUGCGUUUAUCAGCUCAGGGGGGGUAUAUCUGGUUAUCCUGUGGCGCAUGCCCCCCAAUUUAAUCCUCACCCCAACCCUGCAAGGACUGGCCCGGUCACCCAGCUUCAUGGAGGCUUGCGUUUGUGUAAGAAGCGCCCCAGGAAAUCGCACACCCACAAACACACACACUCACCUCCCCCAGCCUGGAGUGGUCCCGUCCAGCACGAUCUGUACCACGUGAGCCGUUGGGGUCUCACAACACAACACCCCCCCCAAAAUGUAAGCAGCCCUUCGUCUCAAAGCACCCAGGCUCAACUUUAGAACCUGAGGGACUAGUGUGCCUUUAUCAUGUGCAGAGUGCCUUUCCUACAGCGGCUGCAAUGAUCCUCUUUUAACGUCCGGGUUUGCCCUUCUCGUAGGCAGCGGGGGGUGCAGUUGUGAUCCCGGACGCCUGGGUCCCCUUUUGCCUGCUAAUCCCGGAGUGGGGGGGAGGGAUAUGGGUGGCUGCCCAGUUGUGAGCCUGCACUAAUGAAUGUUUGCCCAAGGGAUUAUUGGGGUGUUCUGGGAAGGCGGCCCUGAUUCCUCUGGGGGAGAAAGAGGAUUAGCCGCUGAGCGGGUUGGGGGCCCCUGUCUGCACCCCCUGACCCAAAAGCGGCCCUGCUGGGCCUUCCCACCCUGUCCAGGGAAGGAAGGGUCAGCGGACAAUGGGGAGGAGACCCAGCAGACCCUUCUCAUGCCUGGGAAACCUUUUUCAAUGCAGUUUCUGGCCCACAAACCCCCACCAGAGGUGCGCAUGAAACACCCAUGCGCAGAGGAACUAGGAAGUGCCUUCUUUGGGGAGUCCCAAAGGACUUCCGGUAGACUGCCUCUGGACUUGGAGGUUCUAGAAAAAACCGCAAGCGGGAUUCGAACGCGACCCCUCUCCCCUCCUAUGGGGUCCGGCAGCUGGGAUUCAGGGCCGAACCAUCCUGCCUAGCAGCCAUCUUCCUCCCUGAAUUUGUCUCAUCCUCUUCACUGCCUCUUGUGGCAGGGAGUUCCAAAGUUUAAAAGCAAGUCCUUCCUUUUCAUCUGUCCCGAAUCUUCAUGGGAUGGGCCCGAGUUCGAGUGUUACGAAAGAGGGAGAACAUCUCUGUCUGCCUUCUCCUUGCCAUGCACAGUUUCACAAAAUUCUAUCGUGUCUCCUGUUUCCUUGCCUUUUCUCUUAAGCUAAAAAGCCGCCCCCCAAAAAACAUUUAUUCUUCAAAGGGAAGUCACUCUUUUCCAAACACUUUUUCCAGCUCUACAAUAUCCUUCUGAAGAUGGGGCAACCAGAACUGCACCUUGGGCUGAUUAAUAUUCUGUUAUUUUUUUAUUCUGAAUAAAUUUCACUAGGUUUUAUGGAGAACAAAACAAAAGUUAAUACUGUACAUAUUUUUCCUUUUUUGGGGGGUGUUUCCAAACCAAUACUUUGAAUAUUCUACAGCCUUUGAGAUAUGUGUUAUUGUUUCAAUUUUCCUCGUGUUUAUUUUGCGCUUUUAUCCUGAAUUUUUAUCUUUCAAACCUUCCUGAGAUCUUUGGACAAAGGGCGGUAUAUCAAUUUAAUACAUAAGAAUAUAACGUAUAUGUAUCAUUAUGUAAAGAUUUCAUAUAUGUGUUGCAACAUUAAUAAUAAAUAAAUGAAUAAAUGG